AUGAUGUGUGGCGAUUCAGAGGAUAUAAGAAUUCUCGGAAUCCAUGGUAUGGGGGGUGUAGGAAAGACUACUCUUGCCAAAAUCAUCUACAACCGGCUGUCACAUCAUUUUGAAGCUUGUUGCUUCCUUUCUAACAUCAGGGGAACUUCAGAGCAAAAGGGCAUCGAAGGUUUGCAGAAUCAGCUAAUCUCUAACAUUCUCAAAAAGCAGUGGUCAAACAUUAGCAAUGUUGAGGAGGGAAAGAAGAUAAUAAAAGAAAGGUUAUGCGGCAAAAAGGUUCUGGUGCUACUUGAUGAUGUUGAUCAAAUGACUCAUUGGGAUGCACUAAUAGGAAAACCUGCAUGGUUCGGUUUAGGAAGUAAGAUUAUCAUAACUAGUAGAAAUAGAGACAUUAUUGAUGUUCCUAAGGUUUGGCAUCCAUAUGAGCUUAUGGGCCUGAAUUUCAACCAAUCUCUUCAACUUUUUUGCAAACAUGCUUUUGGAAGAGAUUACCCUUCGGACGACUAUGUUGCUUUCUCCACAGAAGUGGUCAAAAGUACCGGAGGUCUUCCUCUUGCUCUUGAGGCUAUAGGUAAACUACUUCUAUGCCGAAGCAAAGAUGUUUGGGAUGUGAUGCUGAAGAAGUUGAAAGAAGUUCCUCUCAACGAAGUAAAACGGAAGUUGAAAAUAAGUUAUGAUGCAUUGGAUGAUUGGCAAAAGCAUAUCUUUCUUGAUAUAGCCUGCCUUUUCACUGGAUUUGAUCAUAGGAUAGUGCUCCACUCUUGGAAAGAUUCCAAUCUCUAUCCAGAGGAAGGUCUUGAGGUCCUUCAGAAAAUGUCUUUGAUAAAAAUCGGCGAGGACAAUAAGCUAUGGAUGCAUGAUCAGUUAAGAGGCCUUGGUAGAGACAUUGUUCGUCGAGAAUGUGAUAAGGAACGGAAAAAGAAGACACAAUUGUGGAACCAUGCGGAAGGUUUGGGCACGGUGAUGGAAACAAAGGGAACAAAAAAAAGUGAAGCUCUUUGCCGAAAAUUUGACCCUCAGUUGCUCUGCUGUUUUGCGAACGAAGAAGUUGGGAGGCUAUCAUAUCUAAGAUGCCCUGAAGUGAGGGUUUUUCAGGAUAACAGGCCUUCGAAUGACAGAUCACAUGGAAAUUCGACAUGUUUGAUGAUGAGUAGGAUAGGCAUUUGUGUUUGUCAGUUAGGUAGACCGUUUUUUUUGCCGUCCCUUCAAUAGUGACAAUAAACAGACAUAGAAUGUACACAUUAUAUCUAAACAAGAGUUUCAUUAGAUCAUCCUCUCGUCGUGAAAUAAUUGGAGUUUUAC